AUGAACGGACCAGUCGUCGCUACGCCCAUCCCAUCCCUAUCAUCCUCACCUACGCCUUCGCCAGAAGUCUCACGACUACCCACUCCUGCACCCAAUGGACAUCUCGCUGCUCCUAGUCCACCCUCAGCGUCUGCUUCACCUGCUGUAUCCGAUGUGACCUCGUCGACCCCCCGAGCGGGCUCACCUGUACCUAUCCAGCUGUCCAUGCCCAAGACCGACCAAUACGACGCGAGGGGGACGUUACCCAAUACUUUACUCGCCGUCGCGGUCAUAGCUACCGUUCUAGGCGCUAUAGUCGGAUCAUCACUCGCUCUAGCUUCGAGACGGGUAUUGGAUCUGUUGGCAGGAAGUUGGGCUAGACCACAAUUGGGUAUAUACCUGGCUGCUGUGUCUACCUUCCAUUUAUUGGAGUUUUAUACUACCGCCGGAUGGAAUCCCCUAAAAGUAUCUGUGGAUGCUUUCUUACUCAACAAUACCACUCAGUACCAUGUAGCUCACGCCGUGGGUUUAGCAGAAUACUUCAUCUCAUCUUACUUCUUCCCGUCAAAAUUCGAUUCUAAGCGGAAUUCAACUCCUUUACUUGCAAUCAUCGUGAUAGUAAUGAUUGGCGCUCAGAUAAUCAGAUCUUUAGCUAUGAUUCAAGCCGCCCAGUCUUUCUCGCAUAUAGUGAAAAGCAAGAAACACGAUGAUCAUACACUUAUCACCCAUGGACUAUACUCGUGGUCACGUCAUCCUUCUUACACUGGAUUUUUCUAUUGGGCGGUAUUCUCUCAACUCCUCUUAGGGAAUGUGGUAACUACGAUCGGGUUCGUGGUGGUUUUGAGUAGAUUCUUCUCCAGACGAAUAGUCGACGAAGAGAAGUGGCUGGUCAGAUUCUUCGGGGAUGAAUACAUCCAAUAUAGAAGGAGAGUCGGUACCAAGCUCCCAUUCUUCUUUUCAUCCGCGUAA